UUAGUAUAUGAAUACAUGGAUAAUAAUAAUCUUGCUCAAGCAGUGUUUGGACCUGAAGAAAGCCAAUUGAAACUAGAUUGGCCAACAAGACAGAAAAUUUGUAUUAGUAUAGCCAAAGGUUUGGCUUAUCUUCAUGAGGAAUCAAGAUUGAAGAUUGUUCACAGAGAUAUCAAAGCGAAUAAUGUAUUGUUAGAUAAAAAUCUCAACCCCAAGAUUUCGGACUUUGGUCUUGCCAAGCUUGACGAAGAAGGAAAUAUCCACAUAAGCACUCGAAUUGCUGGAACUUUUGGUUAUAUUGCGCCAGAGUAUGCAAUGCGAGGUUACUUAACUGAUAAAGCAGACGUUUACAGUUUUGGCAUUGUGGCCUUGGAAAUAUUUAGUGGAAGGAGCAAUACUACUUAUCGAUCAAAGGAUGAUUGCUUUUAUCUACUUGAUUGGGCACUUGAACUAAAAGAAAAAGAGAGUUUAAUGGAGCUAGUUGAUCCAAGGUUAGGGCCUAAUUUCAACCAGAGAGAGGCCAUGAACAUGAUCAAUAUUGCUCUGCAUUGCACCAAUGUGGUUCCAGCAGAAAGGCCUAAGAUGUCUGUAGUAAUGGGGAUGUUGGAAGGCAAGAUUGUUGUCAAGGAAUUGGUUUCACAUCCAAAUGAGUCAAGAGCAAAGAUGGGUGCAAUUUUGGAGCAAAGUUUGGAACAAACUAACAAUCAGAAAGUUUGGAACAAACUAACAAUCAGAACCAGACAGAAGUUGACAUCUCAAGUACCAAUUAUUCUUCAACAUCAAUGA